ACAAAGGGGGAGACCAGAAGAGACAAAUACGCUUGCUUUUUAUUUGGCGCCCGAGCGCUGGUCAGGCCCACUGGAUUCGCCGUCUCAUUGGCAGAUUGUAGGCAAAAGGCGGGUCUACGGGAGGAGCCUGUGGGAAGUGAAUGUGUCAAUGUCAAACAGCGAAACGAGCCUGGAUCAGCUGUUUCGGAAGAUUACGGCAACGUCCAGUGAUAAAGCCUCUAGGGACAGACAGGUAGGUACCAAGAGUGCAAACCGUCUGGUGGCAGACGCCGAGGAGCGCAUCUUAUCAAGGAAACAUGAAUACACUACCGAGAAAAAGCGUGCUUGCACUGUGCAGAAACGCCAGUAACUGCGUCGUGAAAAUGCUUUCCGGUCAUGCGGGUCACCCUGCAGCCUGCUCGACCGGCAGAGCAUGUCUCGGAGGAGUGAGGGUUUGUCACUCCGGGACCGGGCACUCCAAAAGCAAGAACAGCGUCAGCACCAAGAAGCGUGGCUAUGACAUCACUAGGAACCCGCACUUGAACAAGGGCAUGGCUUUCACCCUGGAGGAGAGGCAGCAGCUGGGGAUCCACGGCCUGCUGCCCCCCUGCUUCCUCACGCAGGACGUCCAGGUGCUGAGGGUCAUGAAGAGCUACGAGAUACGCAGCAACCCCCUCGACAAGUACAUCCUGCUCAUGACCCUCCAGGACAGGAACGAGAAGCUCUUUUACCGCCUGCUGACCUCAGACAUUGAAGAAUUCAUGCCCAUCGUUUACACCCCCACUGUGGGACUGGCCUGCCAGCAGUACGGCCUGGCCUUCAGGAGACCACGGGGGCUCUUUAUUACCAUUCAUGACAGGGGACACAUCGCCACAGUGCUGAACUCCUGGCCGGAGGAGGACAUCAAGGCCAUCGUGGUCACCGAUGGGGAGCGGAUCCUUGGACUGGGUGACCUGGGCAGCUACGGCAUGGGCAUCCCAGUGGGCAAGCUGGCUCUCUACACCGCAUGCGGAGGAGUACCACCCCAGCAGUGCCUGCCUGUGCUGCUGGACGUGGGCACCGACAAUCAGGUGCUCCUGGACGACCCCCUGUACAUUGGGCUGAAGCACAAGCGCGUGCGGGGCAAGGAGUACGACGACCUCAUCGACGAGUUCAUGCAGGCCGUCACUGACAAGUACGGAAUGAACUGUCUGAUUCAGUUUGAGGACUUUGCCAACAGCAACGCCUUCCGCAUCCUCAACAAGUACCGCAACCGCUACUGCACCUUCAACGAUGACAUCCAAGGCACGGCCUCUGUCGCUGUAGCUGGUAUCCUAGCAGCCCUCAGGGUCACAAAGAACAAACUUUCUGACCACAAGUUUGUGUUCCAAGGAGCAGGAGAGGCUGCUUUGGGGAUUGCUCACCUGCUCAUCAUGGCUAUGUGUAAGGAAGGCAUCCCCCACGAUGAGGCUGCAAAAAGGAUAUGGAUGGUGGACUCCAGGGGACUCAUCGUCAAGGGCAGAGGUCAUCUGAACCACGAGAAGGAGGAGUUUGCUCAUGAGCACCCUCACGUGAAGACCCUGGAGGAGGUGGUGCAGAUCAUCAAGCCCACCGCGAUCAUAGGCGUGGCGGCCGUCACUGGGGCGUUCACGGAGAAGAUCAUUAAGGACAUGGCCUCCUUCAACGAGAGGCCCAUCAUCUUCGCUCUCAGCAACCCCACCAGCAAGGCCGAGUGCACCGCGGAGCAGUGCUACCAGCUGACCGAGGGUCGGGGCAUAUUUGCGAGUGGAAGCCCCUUUGACAAGGUGACCCUGGCAGAUGGGCGCACCUUCUACCCCGGCCAGGGCAACAAUGCCUACGUGUUUCCGGGCGUGGCGCUCGGCGUGAUCGCCUGCGGAGUGCGGCACAUCUCUGACGAAAUCUUCCUCACCACAGCCGAGGCAAUAGCAGAGAUGGUGACCGAGGAGAACCUAGCGGAAGGGAGACUGUACCCUCCUCUCAGCAACAUUAGGGAGGUGUCCUUCAAAAUUGCUGUUAAGCUGGUGGACCACGCCUACAGGAAUGGCAUCGCCUCCUUGUACCCUGAACCUAAAGACAAGGAGGCCUUUGUCCUGUCCCAUGUCUACAGCCCUGACUACGACUCCUUCACCUUGGACACCUACAACUGGCCCCCGGCGGCAAUGACAGUCCAGGAUGUGUAAACGAUGACAAAACCGACUUUCUAUCUUUCAGGGGACUGGUAAAGCCACAAUGCUCCUUCUUUCCUUUUCUCUGCCAUGCACUCCCACUUACCCAGCAAUGUAACUCUAGUUGCCACAGUAACACUCCUGUGAUGUCAUCACCUUAGGCAGUGCAACUCCAGUUACCAUAGGAACAUUCCUGUGAUGUCAUCACCCUGGGCUAGUGAAUGCUGCUCUCACCCUAUACUUCCUGUUCCUCUCUCCUUCCUGUAGGACAUCUGCUGUUUCUUUGUUUUGUUUUUUUUUCUACUCCCUCACGAUUUUCUCUUUCCUUAAUAUUCAUCUCCCCCACUAAUCACACUCCUGAGUUUUGGGCAAAUUACUGUUUCUCCAGUCCCAAAGGAUCUACUCUAAUACUUUGGGGGGAAAAAGACUGAUCCUUUCUGCUAUUUCACAGAAAGAGGCUGUAGUUUUGCCAGUCACACUCCAUUGCGAUUCUCUGGAAACCCAACUUGCUUUCAAUCGUGUCAAAAGAGAUACUGAACAUUUUCAAAUGUCUCGGUGUUCCAUCAAAGUGUUUAUUUAAAGACUGUGACUGGAUGAGUUUAAGCAAAAUGCCCGUACUGAACCAAAAAAGAUUGCGUUCAAACGGUGCUUCACCAUCCUUUACACAGGGCUUAUUACUCCUCACAAAAGAACAAUUCAUAUUAGAUUGUCUACAGGGUUUAUUUAAUAAAAAGGUUGUUAAAAGCUGUUGCACUCGCUUAUGGGGUAUUUGUAGGGGACUUUAUCAGAUGAUUAUGACACGAAGUUAAUAGCCAGCCUUUGGUAUUUGUGAUUGAUGGGGGAGUAUGUCCUGGACCUCAGGCCCGGUUGUGCAAGGACCUAUUCUCAGCCUGCAAUAUAAUUACCCAUUUCAUAUUCUGUAGUGCCAGAGCUCUCCUUCAGGCCUGCCAUAUAAAGAUCCUGUCUCACACUGUCCUGCUAUGUAAUUUUCCAUCGUCUUUCUCUGUCCUGCUUAUAUAAAGAUCCUCUCACCCACUCUUGGGCCUUAACGGCCUAGUCACAUUGACUGUGACAUCUUGCUGUAAAAAACAAGUAAAGCACAUUUUCAGUGCAAGCAGUGCUGUCUUAACAGAAGUUUUAUAAGGGAAAUUGAGAACAUCACUUGUGACAGGGACCUAGUUUUGCUGUGAUGUGUGACAGACCGUACAUAGGAAGUAUCUCAAACCCCUUGAAGGUGCCUGCUGGCUCUUCAGAAGUAUUGCUUAAGUCCCAGUUAUAAAUCUAUAUAUGGCGGCAGCAAACGGGCAGUUGAAGUGAAAUUGUUGGAGCCAUCCUCAGGGCUUCUGAAACAGUUUUCCUAUUAUAUCAAAUAUGCUUUGCUUAAUUAUGAAGUAGACUGGAAAUGUUUUAUUUUUUUGGUUUUUACAUCAAGUAAAGCAUGUUGAGGGAAAAAUAAAACCAAAAAUGUUUGUAAAUAA